AUGUUUGAGAAUGAGGUCGCCGGUCUCAAGGAGGAGUUGCGUGCUGUGAUCACGGCCCUCCACGAGACGGCACGGGCCGAGGUGCGUCUCACGGCGGAGCGCGCCGACGAAGCCGUGGCGGCGGUGACGAGAGCCACCCGGGACGGCGCGACCGCGCUGGAGGAGACGCGGCGGAUGUACGAGGAAAGGGUGGAGGCGUCCCAAGCGGACCGGGACGCACGGGUGAAGAGUGCUGAGGAACGCGCGAGAGCGGCGGAGCACGAGCGGCAGAGGGCGGAAGCGGCGAGGCAAGCGGCCAGCAAGGAGCUCGCUCGCCUGCAGGUGUCCGUGGAGGAGAGACUCGCUCAGAACGAAAAGAGGGUCGUGGCGGAGGCUCAGAAGCAGUUCGACCUUGAGCUUGUCGAACUCCGCGAGAGAAUCGACGCUGUCCAGAGGAUAACGGAAUCAAAAGAAGCGCAGUCCCGCGAGUACCUGGCGUCCCUGGAGGAGCUUCGCCUACGGUCGACGGCAGAGCUGAGGGACUUCGGGCGCGAGCUGGCGGCGGCGGGUGAAGAGCUGGAGAAGUCGAGAAACUCUGCGCGCAACAGCGAGGGAAAGGCGUCCAAGCUACAGGCAGAUUUGGGCGUGCAGCAACGGGUGGCGGAAGGGUUGCGGCAGAGGUUAGAGGAGGCGGAGAGGAACAAGAGGCAGGCCAGCGACCUUCAUUCCUCCAACACGAGCAAGUUACAAGCACAGCACGGGUCCGAGCUGAAAGACAUGGAGCGGCGGCUAUCCGAGGCACGAGCGGCGUGCCGCGCUGCAGAAAAGAACGCCAAGGAGAACGAGGAGCGGGUGUCGGCCCUGAGGCAGGUGCACUUGCAUAGCCUCCGCCUGCUGGAGAGCACGGUAGGGCAGGCCCUGGGGGAUGCCGUCGCGUCUGCAAGGCAGAUCGGCAGUGGCACCGGCGACCUUGCCUUCGCCGGGGGAGAGUAGAUUAUCCCUUAGACUGGUUCACGUGUACGUCCGUGCGUGGUU